GGACACCGGGAACCCGGCUCACCGGCGGAGGAUUUGACUCUCGAGACAACUCCGACAGCGUUUUGCCUCCGGGGGGUUAGUGGACCCCCCCUCCUUCUCCCUUCUGAUCCAGGACCAGCCGCUGGCCACACUGCCGGACCGGCUGAACGGGGGACCGGGAGCGAAUCUGCGGAGCGACACACAAUGGCAACCGGUGCGCUCGUGCUCGUCUGCGCGCUGCUUGCCGGUGUCGCCGUGGCCCAGAGAGUGGUGACGGUGCAGAGCGGGCCGCUGGUACGGACCGAGGGCUCCCACGUGACCAUCUGGUGCAACGUGACGGGCUACAAAGAGGGCGUGGAGCAGGACUUCGAGUGGUCCAUGUACCUGCCGUCGGUGCCGGACCGGGAGAUCCGCAUCGUGAGCACGGCGCAGUCGAACUACGCGUACGCCGUGUACGCCCAGAGGGUGAACAGCAAGGAGAUCUUUGUGGAGAGGCUGAGCCGCGACUCGGCUCUGCUGCACAUCACCAAAGUGCAGGCGAGGGACCAAGGCCUGUUUGAGUGUUACACGCCCAACACGGACGGGCGCUACCUGGGAUCCUACAGCGCACGCACCAACCUCACGGGGUCUCUGGAGGACGCGCUCACUUUGCGUGCCGGGUCGGUAAGUGACGUCCGCUCGCCGAGGAGGCCGCGGACCCGCAUGGAGGGGGAGCUGAGGAUCGCCCACUCGCUCCGUUUCCCCUCUCAGCAGUACUCUUAG